AUGAUACAGUUGCUGCAGACAGUGACCAAGAGCGAGUGCAGCCUUGACCAACCGACCGCUAGGGCGAUGAACCUUGUGCCUCUGCCCCAGGUCGGAGGGUGUCCGCUGGGAUCUCCUCUAUGGGGCACCGGGAAGGAGCAGUGGCAGCUCGAAGCAGAAGAAAUCCCAUUCGAAAACAACAAACCAUGUCUCGGGAAAUUGGACGCUAAAGAGGCUCAGGAAGUCAAUGAAGAGUGGAAAGAGCAGGAUUCCGCUCCAGCUCACAAGGCCCAAGUCAACUCAGCAGUGGCUGCAAAAGAACAUUCCAGAGUUCAUAUCAACCUCGGAUUAGCCCUUAGAAAGCUCUGA